AUGGCGCAACAACCUCUAGCAGCUCCAGCGGCUGCUUUGGCGCCGUGGCGCGAGCGCCUCGUGGCCUCCAAGGUCUUCAUGCGCUACGACUAUGCAUGGAAAGAGACCGAGUUCCAGCAGGCAGAGCAUCGCAUCACAGGUAUCGGUUGCCGGCUAUUGUACCUACACGCUUCGUGGGUGGAGACGUACAACCACACCACAGGUUCUAUCUCCUCCUCUGGACCUCGUACGAAGGUCUUCAUUGAGGCCAAUGGUUUCCCAGAGUUCCAGGAACGAGUAUCCAAAUCCUGUGAACUCAUGAGUUACGACAUUGUGUCCGAUCCAUUGGACGCAGACUUGGUGUUUGUAUACGUGGCUCCUCCGGGCGAGCGACGCAAUGCGGACAACCAGUACAAGACUUUUCAGACGGUGGUGGAGCAUUCGAAAGCUCUACCAGACAAUGAGAAGCCCAUGUUCUGCUUUUUACUGGGCGACGCGGAUUUCUUACCGCUCCCUAAAACGGAGGAGGACGAGAAUAUGCGCAGUCUUAGCGACUUUGCCAUCUCCCAGGAGUUCGCACCUAUUGCGAGGGAGGCGGACUAUGGAUCGGUGGCUCAAUUUGCUGUGGAGUUUGUCCCUGCUAGCCAGGAGAGCUUGAGUAACGAGUUUAAGGAGGACAAGACCAGAAAACUGGAUUCGUUGAUGAGCAGGUUUGGAUGUGUGGGCCAGAAUCUCAUGCAUCAUACCGAGAAGUGGGAGUUUUAUGCCCCCUGCGAAAGCGUCUUUUGCCAUGGAGAAGAAGACCCGAAAGGAGUGACCCACCCUAGUGAAGAGGACACAAUGUUCUGGUUCAACGAGACCAAGGGAAAGACAUGCGACCAGUGUCAUGCUCCAAGCGAGAAAUUGUCCAAGUGCGCGAGGUGCCGAGACGCUGUUUACUGCUCGCGAGAUUGCCAAAAAGCAGCCUGGAAGCUGCAUAAACGACUGUGUGGCAAGACUACCGAGGAAAUUACCGCCUCCAACGAAAAGGCAAACAAGUAA